AUGGUGGACCCUUCGGAGGCAGAGGAGCAGACCAAGUGCAAGAGCCCGAGCGUGGCAGCUGAGGACCCCCGUGUCACCGACCAAAACACAGACGACGGCGAUGGGACCGCGGAGGAGGAUGGCGACGCCUGCUUCCAAACUCCACCCACUGGCAGCGCCGAACCGAGCCCCUGUCAUACCAUAUCCAUCCCGGAAACCCCUUCGCCUCAAAUUGUCCCUUCGCCACAACCUCCACCUCAGGCUGAGCGGGAUUUAGCACCCAAACUGCACUUGGAUCUGUACAAUUUCGACUCGCCAGCUGCGGAGGGGAGCCGAUAUGUUUUGACCAGUCCACGAUCUCUGGAAGCAUGUGCAAGAUGUGGAGUGAAGCCGGUGGAGCUGUUGCCGCGGCCUUUGUCCGAUUUUGCCAGAGAAGCUCCCGGGAGGUCCAUGCGGGUAGCCACAGGAUUGUUUGAGGUCUAUGAACGAGAGAGGCACGCCAAGCUGAGGCAGUGCAGAGAGGAGAGAGAGAGGAUAGUGAGAGAGGAGAAGCGCAGGAUUUUACAAGCAGCGGUUAAUAGUAACGUUUCACCUUCACUGGAGCACAAAGCAUCACCUCCAAAAACAGUUUCAGUUAUUGCACCUUCAGACAGUGGACCAACCUCAAAAGCAACAACUCAAGCUCCGAAAUCCACUCUUUUGUCCAAACCUUCCAUCAGCAAUCUUAGCACUUCCCCAAAAUUGACCCAAAAUGGUUCUUCCAAAAUUGGAUCUACAAGCUCCCUGGCAUCUUCAAAGGGAGGAUUUCAAGGAUCUAGGACCAAAUCUACAGAGCAAGUCAGACUGACUCGGCAAGGAUCUUCAGGUCCUCCUCCUGUUUCAAGGAAGUCCUCUGGGGGCAAACCUCCAAAUACUUUUCCUCGAUCAACCCCCAAGCCGCCUGCGUUUCCUAGAGCUAACACUACGCUAGCAUCGUCUGUGUGUAAACCAGUGACCACUCAACCUAAUGGGGUAAUAGGAGGACACUUUGGGCAGCAUAAUGGACAUUUUAAAGUGAGAGGUAAAAGCCAUUCGCUAGAGUCGUUACAAAGGAAAAUAGAUCCAAUUUACUCAUCGGCAUCUACUAACACUACAAACACAUGCACCUCUUCAGAAUCAGGGGCUUCUUCUUCCUAUAGUUGGGACGGUACCAGAGAUCAUUGGGCAAAGGUUUCCAGUCCUAGAGCACGUACUCUAGCAACAUUCAAUUCUCUAAUGGGACGAAGUUUAAGUCUGGGAGAUCUGAGCCACUCUCCCCAGACAACUCAAAAGGUAGAGCGAAUUGUAAAGGAGGUGAAAAGAAGGGGACUCAAAGCUGUUUCGGAGCGGGACAGGAAGAUAGCGGCGUUGAUGCUUGCUCGAUAUCAAGAAGAAGACAUAAUGAGUCAAACCAGAUUCGUGGCGCAUCUUCAGUGGGACAGUGAAAAGAGGAUGGAGGAGUUUCGUAGAGAGCAGGAGGAAAGGGAGAAGCAAAAAGCAGUGCAACAAUGUCAGAGAGUUUGGCAAAAUCAAAUAUCUAUACGGCAACAACGACUUAGCCAGCAAGAACGUGAGGUUGCAGAGGCCAAGCUCAAACAGGUUGAGGAAAAUGAGGAGAAGUGGAAGGAGUUAGCCGAGCAACAAGAGAAAAAUCGGUUGCUGAAGUUGCAGCAAGCUGCCAGAGAGGAAAAGCAUAAGAAAGUAUUGCAGGAGCAGAAUCUAAAGGCAAUAGAGGAGGAGCGGGCAGCGGUGUUGGAACAGGAGAGGCUACUGUUGAAAGAGAAGCUAACUAUGGCAGAACUAAAAAGGCAAGAGAAGGAACACCAAGCCCAAGAAGAGAGACGAGGUUUGAAUAAGGCGGAGAGGAGAAGACAUGCAGCUAUCAUCCAAGAGAUCGCACGUAGAGAGGAGGAGGAGAGGGAGGAGGCCAGGAGGCAGGCUGAGGAGAAGCUCAACCGAUCGCUGGAAAAAUACGAACAGAUUGUGGAACGUAGGGGGCAGGAGAUGAAGGAGAAAGCGAAGCGAGAAGAGAAGCAGAUCCAGAAAGCACGCAAAGCUGCAGAGAGGCGUGAGAAAAUUCAACAGCAGCAGUUUGUAGCCAAGGUUAAAGAAGCAGAAAAGAGGGCCCAACAUGCAGCAUUAGUGGUGGAGGAGAGAGCAAAGGAGAAGGCACAAAAGGCAGUUCAAAGUAGACAGGAAAAGGAGAGAUUACAGAAACUUAACAGGCAAAGAGUGGAGGAGGAGGAGAGACAGAGGAGGUUGGAGCUCAUGCAGUCCAUUGAGAGAAAACUGGAGAAAAGCGAGCAGAUUUUCAAGGAGAAGAAGGCGGUUUUGGAGAGCGCCCGGUCUGUAGCACGAGCAUCUUUUCACGUGAGGGACAAAGUGAGAGAGGAGACCAACAUGCGUACGUUUGACAAAAUGGCUCUAGAGGCACAGCUCAAAGCGAGUCUGGAUGAGAAAUAA